CCGCGGGGGCGCUGAGGAGGACAGUUUGGAGGGCCGGGGCCGCGGCUCCCGCCAUUACACUACUGACGGCUAACCCCUCCCGGACGCGCGAUGCCUCUGCUCGACCGCCACCGUCGCCACCUCAGCCCUCGCGGGCAGUGCGCCGAGCUACAGCCGGCUCCGAAAGCGCAGGUCGCCUAGCGAUGGUGCAGGGCGGAGCCUCGGGCCGUUCGGGUCUGUGGGAGACAUCCGCUUCCGGGGCCGCGGCCCUCUUAUUGCCCGGCUCUGCGGGCCCGCGGUCCUGCACUUGGAACCCGACCCCGGCGCCUACGAUCCCUGAGUCGCACCUGCCUUCGCUCUGUCGCCAGCUUUCUCAGCUAGUCAUGCUGGAGCAUCUGAGCUCGCUGCCCACGCAAAUGGAUUACAAGGGGCAGAAGCUAGCUGAACAGAUGUUUCAGGGAAUUAUUCUUUUUUCUGCAAUAGUUGGAUUUAUCUACGGGUACGUGGCUGAACAGUUCGGGUGGACUGUGUACAUAGUUAUGGCCGGAUUUGCUUUUUCGUGUUUGUUGACACUUCCUCCAUGGCCCAUUUAUCGCCGGCAUCCCCUCAAGUGGUUACCUGUUCAAGAUUCAGGCUCCGAAGACAAGAAACCAGGGGAAAGAAAAGUUAAGAGGCAUGCUAAAAAUAAUUAGGGUUUUCAUGAUUCAGCUUUACUGUUGCACCUGCUUUCGUUUUGUAUGAGAUGAGCUAAAUUGUUUUCGUAUCCAAAACAUGAGUUGAAACCCAUCGCUGCUCCUCCAGCACAGCUGUGUAUACAUUUUGUUGUCUUUAUAUUUCAUUUCUAACUCCGUUGGCUUUUGACUUAUAAUUAUUUUAGACCUUCUCUUCAUAAUCUUUAUCUGAAAUGAGAGCAGAAAACACAAGUAUGCAAAGUUUCUUUCAGGUCUACAAAAAUAAUGAAUAAAUGCCUCAUAAAAGUACAA